AUGAUACCAACAAAUUUACCUGUGCAUUAUUACUCAACACCUAAGUCAGGGCCUACUGAGAGGUGGUUUCUCCAAAGGAUAUCUGAAGUCUUGGUGGAUGAAGGUAGGCAACUUACAUUCAUUUCUGAUAGGCAUGGUGCUAUUAUCGAUGUUGUUAGGACUAUUUUUCCUGCUUCUGCCCAUGGUUUUUGUCUAUAUCAUUUGAAAGAGAACUUGAAAAAGAAGUAUCCGCAUUCUGUUGGUUCCUCUUUCAAGGAUCAUAUUUUAUGGCUUUUUUGUAAGUUGUUGUAUGCACCGACUGUUGAGGAAUAUCAAGAUAUUUUGAAAAAAUUAAGAGAUGAUGGCGGUUCAAAAAUAAUUGAUAAGUUUUUGGCUGAUCUCCCUGUCCAAAAUUUUGCUAAUGCAUUUUUUCCGGGAAAGAGGUAUGGGGAGGUUAGUAAUGCCUUGUCCGAGUCGUUUAAUUCAUGGGUUAAGGAUGUGCGUAGGCUUCCAAUUUAUGAGAUGAUUGACACUAUUAGGGUCAAAAUGAUGGAGAUGAUUUCUAGGAGGAAGCUUGCAUCCGAGAAAUGGUGUAGUGUUUUGUGUCCGGUUAUUGAGGAUGAGUUGAAGAAUUUAGCUGCAAAGGGUCGUCAUUGGAGGAUAUGUCGCGCGAGUGAAUCUAUAUUUGAAGUUCAUGCUGAUUUGAGUGUUAUGGUCAAUUUGGACGAGAGGUUUUGCUCCUGUUAUCAGUGGCAAUUGCUUGGGUUUCCGUGUCAGCAUGCGAUUCAAGUUAUCCAACAUUCCGGGUUAUGUUUGUAUAACUUUGUUGAUGAGUAUUACAAGGCAGACUUUUAUAGGGCUACUUAUGCAACCCCUAUAUUUCCUAUACCUGAUAUUGAGAAGCCUCCUGCUGGAGAUGUUUUUCUUCUACCUCCGCAUACAAGAAAGCCUCCGGGACGACCUCCGACAAAGCGCUUCAAGUCAAGCAGUGAAACUACAAGGCAGUUGAAGUGCAAGAGAUGCGGUUCUUGUGAUCGUCAUAAUAGGAGGACUUGCAAGGCUCCUAUUUGAUGUAAAGGUUUUGGAGUAUAAAGACUUGAAUGAGAGUAGUUAGUCUUUAACUAGUUAAAGUGCUAUGUGAUUGAUUAGUGACAAUCAUAGUUGAAAGGAAUAGAAAUUGAUAUGCAAGUUGUUAAUACGGUGAAAUAGCAGUCACUGCAU